AUGAGUGAUAAAACACUUGUGUUUGUAGGAAUUGAUUUUGGUACAACUUUUUCUUCUAUAGCUUAUUAUAAUCCUUUGAAUAAAACUGAUUGUACUAUUAAUGAUGAAGGAGGUAAUAAACAAAUACCAUCAUGGGUAAGUUUUGCUCAAAUGGAAAAUAGUGGGGUUAUUAUUGGGAAUGGAGCAAAGAAUGAAAUUUUUGGUGAAUGUGUUUUGUAUGAUUCUAAAAGAAUUAUAGGAAGUGACAUAUCUGAUAUAAGUGAUGAAGAUAAAAAGCAUUGGCCAUUUACAGUAAUAGGAAAUAACAAUGGAAAGGCAUGUAUGGAGGUAUAUAAUCCUUUUAAGCAAAAAGAUGAAAUAUUUGAACCAGAAGAAAUAUCAGGAAUGGUAUUAAAAAAUCUUAUUCUUAUGGCUAAAUCAAAAUUGGAUAAUACAGAAAUUGGUAAUAUUGUUGUUACAGUUCCUACAGAAUUUGAUGAUAAAAAAAGAAAUGCUACUUUAGCUGCUUGUAAAUUAGCAGGAAUUGAAAAUGUUACACUUGUUAAUGAACCAGUAGCUGCUCUUGUAGAAUAUAAGAGAACUCAUAAUGACGUUCUUAGUAAUGACUCUAAAGUUGUUGUAAUAGACUUUGGAGGAGGAACAUUAGACAUUUGUUGUUGUAAAUUACAAGGGAAAGAUAUUAGUACUGUGUCUGUUGGAGGAGAUAAGAAUGUAGGAGGAAAUGACUUUGAUGCAGUUCAUAUAUUAGGAGAAGAUAAUAAUGAUGAUCUAGACAUUGGUUUAAGUGUUUCAAGGAAAGAAUUUGAAGAGCUUUGUGAAAAGAAAGGAUUAUAUAAAAGACUUAUUUCAAAAAUAAAAGAAGUUACAGGAAAAAGUGAUUUUGUAGGAAACUCUGUUCAAUUGGUUUUAUUAGUUGGUGGAACUUGUUUGAUAAAAAGAGUAAGAGACGAAAUAGCAAAACUAUAUGACGUAAAGAAUUUUUCUGAUAUAAACUUUGAUUCACUCACUGCUGUUGCAAAAGGAGCUGCAUAUUUAUCACAUUUGAAAUCUGAAUGUUCAAUUGUUGAAGAAAAAGUAUAUGAAAUAGUACCAAAGUCUAUUGGGAUAGAAGUAAAUGAAGGAAGGUUUUAUGUACUUAUUCGUGAAGGAGAACAAUUACCUACAAGUGAAAAAACAAAGAUGUUUAAAACUUACAAAAAAAAUCAAGAAGUUGCUGACUUUAGGAUUUAUAGAGGUACUGGUAACUACACUAGUUCUCCUGGUGUAGAGUUUGUUACAGCAAUGAGUAUAAAUGGAUUUCCUUUAGGACCAGCUGGAAGUGUAACUUUUAAAUUAAAAAUUAAAUUAAAUGAAAGUGGACUUAUGGAAUUAUCUGCAAAUGUUUUUGGAACAGAUAUUCAUAAAGAACUAGCAGUUACUCUUGAUUUUGAAAAAGUUGAUGAAACAUUUGAAAGAUUAAGACAACACUUUAACCUUUUCCCAAUAUAUUAA